AUAUAUGUACGCACAUACAUCAGCAAAGGGACAUUUACCGCUUUGAAUAAUAAUUUAUCUGCAACACGCGAUCACAAAAUUUACUCCCCUAUUUGUAUUGUAAUAAGUCGGUCCAUAAAUCAAAUCUCACAUUACUAUCAAAGAUGUAUCGAGCGAUUAUAGCUUUGAUUUCUCGUAACAAAUUGAUAUGGCAGAUAUUGUCGAGAGCGUACUUACUGACCCAUUGAAUGAUUGAUACCGAGUAAACGUAUAACCGUAUAUUUACUCCUUCGCGUUACGCCGACAAGAAUGCUUCUUGAUGCCAGCUGCGACAAGUAUAAUGUAUAUAUAAAUGCAUGUAACGUGUGUAUAUAUAAUAUAUACCCGAUGUAUGUACAUGCAUUCGCGAUGACACACCACGAAUUCCACGUUUUAUGAGGAUGACACUUUUUGGCACAUUAGUAUUCCAUGAUAGUAGAUGUAUAGCGCUCUUCUACCGACCCCUAAAUUUUCAAGCAACUCGUCUUGUGAAUUGGCAAUGCGUGCGAUUCGGGGAAACAUUUCCACCAAAUAUUUACUCGAUGAGUAUCAUAUACGUGGAAAAUUAAUCAUCAACCUUAUAUCUACCUGUUCCGUUUUUUCUACCAAAAGAAUUCCAGGUUAUCGAGUAAAUGAAUCAUGAAAACGUAUAUGAUAAAUAUUGUAGUGUAUAUAAUGGUGGUAUAUUCCAGUGUCCUCCGCCCGUUAUAACGACCCGUGUAAACUGGAAAUAAUGUACACAUUGUACAUGAUAUAAAAAGUGUAGUAAAUUACGAUUAUUAGGUGUAAGGUUGGCACAAAGAGGUGACGUCCCUUAUGUACGUUAAAAAGUCACAACUAGGUUACACGCACGAUUGAGCACACUUUUUUCUCUGACCUCUCCUUUGAAAAUAUCAGCUGUCAAUGUCAAAAUGAUUUUGCAUGACGACUUGUACUAUGAGAGUCGACGACCGCAGGAGGAUUUAGGAUGUAUCGGGAAUUUUCGUCGCUUCGUUUGGGACGGUGACAGGAGAGCCUUCCUUGACAGAACCGCCCAAGAAUGGCGUAAGAAGUGCCAAAAGCGAAAAAAUCUACUUUUACGGAAAAAUUUCCAAAUUAUGCUUAUGUGAUAAUUACUUGUAUUCCUGUAAUUCAGCUCGCCAAAUUAUGUUUUUAUAAUAAUUACUUGUAUUCCUGCAGUUCAGGUCACAAUUUUUUACACAUUCUUCUUCGGGACGCUCGCCUGUAUGUGGGCCAUAAAGAUGUGUGUAACAUUGCUGUAUUUAUCUCCGCUUGAUAAGCCGUACGUGCAAUAUUAUGGAAUGUCGGCAGGAGUUCUCAAAUCCUUCCCAAUUAUAACUUCGGCUGGAAGAAGUAGUCCAGGUUUAGGAUUUCAACCUAAUGUCCUGACGCCGACAACAUCUCCAAUUAUCUGGAUCAGCACAUCCAAAGGUAAAGGCAACCCUGAACUGUACAUUCAGAGAUUGGAUAACGUUCUAAAAGACUAUAAUAAAAAUGUUUCCCAGUAUAGUUCGAAUUGUGUAGAGGGAGAAUCACGGAAAAUCAUCGAUGAGAAGGCAUGCUUUUUCGAUACGAAAAAACUUGGAGUUUGUGGAAAAUCGCCUUACGGUUAUGACAGCCCCUACCAUCCAUGUAUUUUUCUUAGAUAUAAUAAGGUCUUUGAGUGGAUUCCGCAAUACUACAAUCAAAAUUCUUCCUUACCUCCUGAUAUGCCUCAUGAUUUACAAAGACUUAUAAAAUCUGUAAAAAAGGUGAAUAUUAUUUUUAUACAACUGGAUAAAAAUAGAGAAUCGGCAAAAAUAUUACCUGUUUAUUCAUGCAUUAAUUUCGAACAGGGGUAUCUUUGGAUUUCCUGUACUGGUGCACAUGGUUUUGAUAAUGACAAUUUGGGCGAAAUCGAGUACCUUCCCUACCCCGGAUUUUCCGUAGACUAUUUCCCAUUUCGUGGACAAAUUGGGUAUCUCACCCCAAUUGUUGCGUUGCACUUCAAAAACAUAACCGCUAACAAACUCGUUACGGUCGAAUGUACCGCGUGGGCGAAGAACAUUGAUUCGAGCAAGGAAAACGCUUUGGAUUUCCAGAUCAUAGUCGAGAAGAGCGAGAUUAAAGGUGUAUAAUGCCGAUAAGAGUUACCGACUUAUCAGGACUCUUGCUUAGUGGCACACUCUGCAGCUUUAUAUAGGAAGCUGAACACUUUCGGCAGCAGGAAAUGCAGCUUUAUCGACCGAGAUUGUUUCAUCUACAUGUUCUCAUCUCAUGAGUGGAUAUCAGAGUGAAGAACGUAAGCAGCCAGCGGUACAGCAGGCCACAAUAAAAGAAGCCAACCACAUUACUUCUGCUUCAAUUAGUCACGUUCCAAAAAUACGAGAAUUUCUUUGUACGCGAUCAGCUUUCGCAACGUCACCACGUGGUCAGAAUUUUGACAAUUGUCAUCAAAUUCUAUUCCAAGCAGUCGCAUUUCGUGAUUCUUUGG